AUGGGUACUCCAUCGACAUCGGCAUCGCCAGAGGUGCCUAUGGAUGCACGUCCGGUAGACUACUCCCGACCCAUCAAGGUCAUAUGUAUCGGUGCCGGGGUUUCGGGCAUCCUGACCGGCAUCCGCUUCCCGCAACACAUAGACAAUCUAGAUCUCGUCAUAUACGAGAAGAACCAGGAUCUUGGUGGCACUUGGUAUGAAAAUAGGUACCCUGGCAUCGCGUGCGAUAUCCCUUCUCCAGCAUACCAAUUUACCUUUGAAAACAAUCCCAAUUGGAGCCGUUUCUAUUCCCCUGGAUCUGAGAUUCUUUCAUACUUGAACGAUGUCGCCGACAAAUAUGGCGCGCGCAAGUACAUGAGGUUUGGGCACGAGUUCAAGGGUGCACAAUGGUCCGAGGCAGCGGGCAAAUGGGAAGUACAAGUUCUGAGACUAUCCGACCACCAAGUGUUCUAUGAUACGGCAGACGUCCUCAUCAAGGGUACGGGAACGCUGAACAAGUGGAAGUGGCCCGACAUUCCAGGGCUCGAGAACUUUCAAGGGACGCUGCUGCAUACCGCGCGCUGGGACAGCAAGUUCGAUGCGACAGGAAAGAAAAUAGCAGUCAUAGGAAAUGGCUCCACUGGAAUUCAGAUCGUCCCUGCUUUGCAGCCCCAGGCCAAGCACAUUGAUACGUAUAUCCGAUCAAAAGCCUGGGUUUCGCCUCGAGGACCUUUUGGACAACAAGUCGAAGAACAUGGUGGCGACGAAAACUUUGCCUUUGAUGAUGGAGAAAAGAAGAGAUUUUCCGAGGAUCCAAAUUUGCUCGUCGCAUAUCGCAAAAGCAUCGAACAGGUCCUUCACAAGAACUACCCACGAGUAUUUACGGACUCACCAGCUCGUCAAGAGGGCGCAAAACUGUUGCAAGCGCUUGUCGAAGAGAAGCUAGCCUCACGUCCCGGCCUCUUUGAGACACUUAAGCCGGAAUGGCCAGCAGGAUGCAAGCGACUGGGCGCCUCUCCGGGAUACCUCGAAGCCCUCGUGCAAGAUAAUGUCAAUGUCAUUACUUCAGGCAUACGAAGGAUUCGGGCUGAAGGUGUGGUCGACAAUGGUGGCACUAUUAGACCUGUCGAUGCUAUCAUUUGUGCCACGGGGUUCGACACAUCGCUCAAGAUGACUGGAACGCCAAUCUAUGGUCGAGAUGGCAUUUCACUGGAUCAAGUCUGGACACCCGAGCCAGAAGCUUACCUAUCCAUCAUGCCCUGUCAUAUGCCGAACCUGUUCCUCUACCUCGGCCCCAACGGCGCGCCCCUAUCAACCAUGAUUGUCAUGAUCGAGGCCCAGUGCGACUACAUGAUCAAGUGCGUACAAAAGCUGCAGCGCGAGCACCUGCGCUCCAUGACGCCCAAGGUCGCCGCCAAGGACGACUUUGUGCGGUACGCCGACGCCUUCUUCUCCAAGACGGUGCUGGCCGAGGACUGCGCGGCGUGGUUCAAGAGCGGCGGUCGCGCCGACGGUCGCAUCACGGCCAUCUGGCCCGGAAGUCUGGUUCAUGCCCUCAAGGUCUACGAGAAGCCGCGCUGGGAGGACUUUGAGUACGAGAUGCUGCCCGAGUCUGGCGGUAACCGGUUUGCGUGGUUGGGCAAUGGGCUCACCGUUGCUCAAAUGACGGGUGCGGAGACGACGGGGUAUCUGGAUCGUGUUGAUAUCCCGCCUGUUGACCCUGAUUAUGCAAGAAAGAAGUGA